GAUAGUUUGUUAUCCCUAAUAAAAUGACCACCAAAAUCACAACAUAAAAAAUGGCAUAAAGGCAUAGAGGAUAGGUAUUUUAAAUAUUCAAGUUUUGUUGAACUUUUGCGUGUUUGUGAUAAAAAAUUGAUAUACACGUACAUAUUUUUGUAGUAUUUGGGUAAGCUUGUCUCAGGCAGGGCAUGGGAUCAAUACAAUCAAGCUUUAUACAAAGAAGUUGGACCUAAUAAGGUCUUAUCAGAUCGGGUAAUAUCGAACUUUACUAUACACGAUAAACCAUCCAAAUGAAUCAAGAGGAGCGUAAUUUUAGAUCAAUUUAUUAUGAAAAAGUGGGAUUUAAAAGUGUGGAAGAAAAAAAGUCACUGGAAAUACUCUUAAAAGAUAAAUCUUUGGAUCUAAUCAAGCUGAAACAGUUUUGUGUAAGAUUUUCUGUACCUCAAACUUAUAGAUGUUUGUUAUGGAAAUUAUUAUUGGGAAUUCUGCCUACAAAAGUUCAGUGUCAUGAAUUUGUUACAAGUCAACGAAAACAAGAAUUCAACAACCUUCUUCAGGCAUUAGUGUUUAUGAAAAUAGUUGAUGAAAGGACACCAAAAUCUCAAGUAUUCCUGGUCAUGUGGCUGUUGCAAACAAACAAUUUGACAUUUGAUUAUAGUAACUUACAAGAACGGGAUUUAUUUGGUUUUGUUCCUAUAGCUAAAUGUCUCAACUAUUUUUUUGAUGAUGAUACUGACAUCUAUUGGAUUGCGAAGAAGUUUUAUGAAAAAAUUGCUAAAAUGAAAAAUGAUAUUCCGAGGCUGAUUGAAGUUACUCAUUGUUUGAUCGAGAAAGAAGAUGCAGAGUAUUAUAAGAUUCUUAAAAAUAAUGGAAUUAUUGAUGGUUUGCCUUUAUCUAAGUGGUUUCAAUGCUGUUUGGCCGGAAUAAUUGAUGAAAAUUGUAUUAUAAAGAUUUGGGAUAAAAUAUGUGGAGGUUCACACAAAAUACUUGCCUUCUUAGUUACCAUCACAUUACUGAGCUUAAAACACAGGAUUAUUAAAAUGAACAACGCUUCAGGAGUAAUCGAUAUCUUGAAAAAUAUUCCAGAAGACAGUGCAGAGAUUAUUGUUAAUAAAACAAUAGAUUUGUGGCAACAUUACGGAAGUCCAUUAACAGUCCAUGAGAAACCAAAGUCCAUUUUUGAUGCUAGCUUUAAAUAAAACGACAUUUUUUUUUAGACACUAUGCUAUUCCUAUUUUUUUAUAAUAAUAAAAACUUUAUACAAAUGCAA